AUGUUAGCUGCUAGAAAUUCAUUGAAAAACGUUACUAAACGUGUUCCAGCUUUAGCCCGUGCUCAAUCUACCCAAGCUGCUCCAAAUGGACCAGUUAUUGGUAUUGAUUUGGGUACCACCAACUCUGCUGUUGCUCUUAUGGAAGGUAAGAUUCCAAAAAUCAUUGAAAAUGCAGAAGGUGGAAGAACUACUCCAUCUAUUGUUGCAUUCACCAAAGAAGGUGAAAGAUUGGUUGGUAUUCCAGCUAAACGUCAAGCUGUUGUUAACCCAGAAAACACUUUAUUUGCUACCAAACGUUUAAUUGGUCGUCGUUUCGAAGAUAAAGAAGUUCAAAGAGAUUUAAAUGAAGUUCCUUACAAAAUCGUUAAACACGAUAACGGUGAUGCUUGGAUUGAAGCCAGAGGUGAAAAAUACUCUCCUCAACAAAUUGGUGGGUUUGUUUUAAAUAAAAUGAAAGAAACUGCUGAAUCUUUCUUGGGUAAAUCAGUUAAAAAUGCUGUUGUUACUUGUCCUGCUUAUUUCAAUGAUGCUCAAAGACAAGCUACUAAAGACGCCGGUAAAAUUGUCGGUUUAAACGUUUUGAGAGUUGUUAAUGAACCAACUGCUGCUGCUUUAGCUUACGGUUUAGAAAAAAAUGAUGGUGAAGUUGUUGCUGUUUUCGAUUUAGGUGGUGGUACUUUCGAUAUUUCUAUCUUAGAUAUUGGUGCUGGUGUUUUUGAAGUUAAAUCUACUAAUGGUGAUACUCACUUGGGUGGUGAAGAUUUCGAUAUUGCCAUCGUUAGAAGUAUCGUUGAAACUUUCAAAAAAGAAUCUGGUAUUGAUUUAGGUAAAGAUAGAAUGGCCAUUCAACGUAUUAGAGAAGCUGCUGAAAAGGCUAAAAUUGAAUUAUCUUCAACUGUUGCCACCGAAGUCAACUUACCAUUUAUUACCGCUGAUGCUUCUGGUCCAAAACAUAUUAACCAAAAAAUUCAAAGAUCUCAAUUUGAAAACUUGGUUGAACCAUUAGUUAAAAGAACUGUUGAACCAUGUAAAAAAGCUUUGAAAGAUGCUGGUUUAUCUACCUCUGAUGUUUCCGAAGUUAUCUUGGUUGGUGGUAUGUCAAGAAUGCCAAAAGUUAUUGAAACUGUUAAAUCUAUCUUUGGUAAAGAACCAUCUAAAGCUGUUAACCCAGAUGAAGCUGUUGCUAUGGGUGCUGCUAUCCAAGGUGGUAUCUUAGCUGGUGAAGUUACUGAUGUUGUUCUUUUGGAUGUUACUCCAUUAUCUUUGGGUAUUGAAACCAUGGGUGGUGUUUUCGCUAGAUUAAUUAACAGAAACACUACUAUUCCAGCCAAAAAAUCUCAAAUUUUCUCAACCGCCUCUGCUGGUCAAACCUCUGUUGAAAUUAGAGUUUUCCAAGGUGAAAGAGAAUUAACUAGAGAUAAUAAAUUAAUUGGUAACUUUACCUUAUCUGGUAUUCCACCAGCUCCAAAAGGUGUUCCUCAAAUUGAAGUUACCUUUGAUAUUGAUACUGAUGGUAUUAUCAAGGUUUCUGCUCGUGAUAAAGCUUCUAACAAGGAUGCUUCUAUCACUGUUGCUGGUUCUUCCGGUUUAUCUGAUACCGAAAUUGAACAAAUGGUUAACGAUGCUGAAAAAUUCGCUGAAUCUGAUAAAGCUAGAAGAGAAGCCAUUGAAUCUGCUAACAGAGCUGAUCAAUUAUGUAACGAUACUGAAAACUCCUUAAAUGAAUUUAAAGACAAAUUAGAAACCGCUGAUGCCGAUAAAGUUAGAGAACAAGUUCAAGCUUUAAGAGACAUCGUUGUUAAAGCUCAAGCCGGUGAAGAAGUUGAUUCUAACGAAUUAAAGACUAAGACUGAAGAAUUACAAAACGAAUCCUUAAAAGUCUUUGAAAAAUUAUACAAGAACAACAAUGAAAACAAUGACUCUUCUUCUGAAGAACCAAAGAACUAAGCCUAAAGAUUUAGCCUCUAGUCAGUUUUCUUUUUCUGUUUUAUAGUCUUUUCUAAUUUUUCUUUUAUGUUUUUACGUUCGCCACUUCGUGACCUUUGUCAUGGUGAAAUGAGAAAUUUUGAAAAGAAAGUUCAAAUUAUCUUUGAU